UCUCUACAUAUACCAUAUUUAAAAAGUUAAUAUUUUUCUCGCUAAAAACUUUAUAUAAACGCCAUAUUGUCAUCACUGAUAAUGGCUGCCAUUAUAAAAUUAAUUUAUUUGUUGACAAUUUUAUGCGUAAAAAAUGCAAAAGGUGAAAUAAGUAAUCGUUUAUUAGACGAAAAUCAGGAAAAUAUGGAUUUGGAAGUGUCACACUCAAACAGCAAGGAAAUUUCAGUAGCGCCUGUACAGAAUUCUAUACAAACACAUCCCAGGAGACAUUCAAAAUCGAAAAGACGCAUGAAAAGAAGAUUUAAAUGUUAUUCAUGUGAACCUCCGUGUCGUGAUCCCUCACAGCAUGCCCAUAUGUGCCAGAAUGCCAUACAGUGUUAUAAGUCACGAACACGCGAUGCUUUUGGCGAAGAACGAGUUACUCGAGGUUGUACUACGACUCCAGAUCAAAUUCCUUUAAUAUGUAAUCAGAAUACAAUAAAUACCAUGGGUGGGCCUCGUAAACGUAAUACUCAAGCUUAUAUAAAUGUUGUAUGCUGUGCCGGCGAUUAUUGCAAUGAUGGUGAAUUUCCGGAAUUACCUCCAUUAAAUGCUGAAGUAACACAUUUAAGCGCUGACAGUAGCAACUUACUAAAGAUGACGUUUGCUAUAUUGGGACCAUUUGUCAUUAUCUCUAUACUAGCCUAUAUAGCAAUAUACUUCAUUCGUCGAACACAUCGUAAGCGCUUAGAAUACUCAAGAGCUAAACAAGAUCCAGAUUCCUAUUUAGUAAAUGAUGAACUAUUACGCGUCACCAGUGCUGGAGAUAGUACUCUAAGGGAAUAUUUACAACAUUCAGUCACAUCGGGUUCGGGCUCAGGAUUACCAUUACUUAUACAACGAACACUAGCCAAACAGGUAACACUGGUUGAGUGUAUUGGACGAGGCAAAUAUGGUGAAGUAUGGCGUGGUCAUUGGCAUGGUGAAAAUAUUGCUGUGAAAAUCUUUUUUAGUCGAGACGAAGAAUCCUGGAAACGUGAAACCGAAAUUUAUAGUACCGUUUUAUUGAGGCACGAAAAUAUUUUAGGUUUUAUUGGUUCAGAUAUGACCUCUCGCAAUUCUUGCACCCAAUUAUGGCUGCUAACACAUUAUUAUCCUCAUGGCUCCCUAUUCGAUCAUUUAAACAGAAAUGCCUUAAGCCAUCGUGAUAUGAUUUUAAUUUGUCUAUCGAUAGCAAAUGGUUUGGUACAUUUGCACACCGAAAUAUUUGGUACAGAGGGAAAACCUGCUAUGGCUCAUCGUGAUUUAAAAUCAAAAAAUAUAUUAGUUAAACCAAAUGGUACAUGUGUCAUUGCUGACUUUGGUUUAGCUGUUAUGCAUUCAAAUGUUACCGGCAAAUUAGAUUUGGGCAAUAAUCCCAAAGUGGGCACUAAACGUUAUAUGGCACCGGAAAUUUUAGACGAAAGUAUUGACAUGCAUAAUUUCGAAGCUUUACGACGCACUGAUAUUUAUGCCUUGGGUUUAGUAUUAUGGGAAGUAUGCAGACGGACUAUAUCAUGUGGCAUUGCUGAGGAGUAUAAAGUGCCAUUCUAUGAUGUGGUACCUUCCGAUCCCAGCUUUGAGGAUAUGCGCAAGGUUGUUUGUAUAGACAAUUAUAGACCUUCGAUACCCAAUCGUUGGAGUUCAGAUCCACUUUUGGCGGGCAUGUCAAAACUUAUGAAAGAAUGCUGGCAUCAAAAUCCAAAUGUACGCUUACCUGCCUUGCGUAUUAAAAAGACUAUACAUAAAUUGGCUUCCGCAGAUGAAAAACUGCGUUUAGAUUAUGAUGAAGUUUGUGUUUAAAAUGUGAACAAACAAUUUAAAUUUUAUAUGUUUUCUUCGCUCAAAUAUUGAUGAAGAUGUUCAAGUUAAGUUUCUUAAAUUAUUAACAUUUUAUUGUUAAAAUUUUUACUUGUCAAUUCAGUUGAAAUGGCAGAAAAAAGUAUACCAUUUUCAUGCUCACUACACCAUAGUUUUCAAUAACAUUAUUAAGAUCUAUAUUAUGUCUCUGUUUUUAAUACAAAUCAGAGAUUUGUAGUUUUACAUUAUAAAUUAAAAAAAAAAGACUUUUUGAAAUGAUUUUUAAUGUAUAAAUCUAUAAAGUACUAUGACAUUACAAUUUUAGAAAACACCACCAAAGUUCAUAGGUAAUAAAUAAAAUUACAAAAUCUGCAAAUAGAUUUUGUUUUAUUCUAAUUAACAAAAUAUAAAUACAUGAGAAAUUCACAGCCUUAAAAUAUCCAUUUGGAUUAAAAGCUUUUUUUUAUAAAUUUCACAUUUAUUUUUUCAUUCAAUACUGGUGUAGUUGUAAAACUAAAAAGAAUUAAAAUACAAUAUAUGCAAUUUUAU